AUGAGUAAAAUAACAUCCACACCCUCGUAUGCAAAUGACAUGAGAAAAGACUGCUACACCACACUGUGUCAUCAGUGCCUCAAUGAAGGACUCAUUAAGGUGAAGCUGAAGAGAGUAGAGAGUGCAGAGCCCUAUGCAGAAAAGGACCAGGUGUGCUCCAUCGGGCGAGGCGAGCAGCUGCGCCUCCGGGCCGACCUCGAGCUGCCCCGGGACGCGUUCACGCUCCAAGUGUGGCUGCGAGCGGAGGGGGGCCAGAGGUCUCCGGCGGUGAUCACAGGGCUGUAUGACAAAUGUUCUUAUACCUCGCGUGACCGAGGAUGGGUCGUGGGCAUUCACACCGUCAGUGACCAAGGCAACAGAGACCCACGCUACUUUUUCUCCUUGAAGACAGACCGGGCCCGGCAAGUGACCACGAUCAAUGCUCACCGCAGCUACCUCCCAGGCCAGUGGGUAUACCUGGCUGCCACCUAUGAUGGGAAGCUAAUGAAGCUCUAUGUGAAUGGUGCCCAGGUGGCAACCUCUGGGGAGCAAGUGGGUGGCAUAUUCAGCCCGUUGACCCAGAAGUGUAAAGUGCUCAUGUUGGGGGGCAGUGCUCAGAAUCACAACUACCGGGGCUACAUCGAGCACUUCAGUCUGUGGAAGGUGGCCAGGAGUCAGCCCGAAAUACUAUCAGAUAUGGAAAUUCAUGGCCUCCACCCUCCUCUACCUCAGCUCCUCCUCCAGGAGAACUGGGACAAUGUGAAGCGCACCUGGUCCCCAAUGAAGGAUGGCAGCAGUCCCCAAGUGGAACUUAGCAAUGCCCAUGGCUUUCUGCUGGACACGAGUCUGGAGCCCCCUUUGUGUGGGCAAACAUUGUGUGAUAACAAAGAGGUGAUCACUAGCUACAACCAGCUCCCAAGUUUCCGCCGGCCCAAGGUGGUACGCUACCGCGUGGUCAACCUCUAUGAUGAUAACCAUGAGAACCCCACAGUGAGCCGCCAGCAGGUAGACUUCCAGCACCGGCAGCUGGCAGAAGCCUUUAAGCACUACAACAUCUCCUGGGAACUGGAGGUGCUGGAGGUGAACAACUCCUCCCUGCGUCACCGCCUGAUCCUGGCCAACUGUGACAUCAGCAAGAUUGGGGAUGAGAACUGCGACCCCGAGUGCAAUCACACACUGACUGGCCAUGAUGGUGGGGAUUGCCGCCACCUCCGCCACCCAGCCUUCAUGAAGAAACAGCAGAAUGGGAUAUGUGACAUGGACUGCAACUAUGAACGGUUCAACUUUGAUGGCGGAGAGUGCUGUGACCCUGACAUCACCGACGUCACUAAGACGUGCUUUGAUCCCGACUCUCCACACAGAGCCUACUUGGAUGUUAAUGAGCUGAAGAACAUUCUUAGACUGGAUGGAUCAACACAUCUCAAUAUUUUCUUUGCAAACUCCUCUGAGGAGGAGUUGGCAGGAGUAGCAACUUGGCCAUGGGACAAGGAGGCCCUAAUGCACUUAGGUGGCAUUGUCUUGAACCCGUCUUUCUACGGCACUCCUGGGCACACCCACACCAUGAUCCAUGAGAUUGGGCACAGCCUGGGCCUCUAUCACAUCUUCCGAGGCAUCUCAGAAAUCCAGUCUUGCAGCGACCCCUGCAUGGAGACAGAGCCUUCCUUUGAGACAGGAGACCUCUGCAAUGACACCAACCCAGCCCCCAAACACAAGUUCUGCGGUGACCCAGGGCCAGGGAAUGACACCUGUGGCUUUCAUAGCUUCUUCAACACUCCUUACAACAACUUUAUGAGCUACGCAGAUGACGACUGUACCGACUCCUUCACGCCCAAUCAAGUCGCCAGAAUGCACUGUUACCUGGACCUGGUGUACCAGAACUGGCAGCCCUCCAGGAAGCCGGCGCCUGUCGCUCUCGCCCCCCAGGUUGUGGGCCACACAACGGACUCUGUGACGCUGGAAUGGUUUCCACCCAUCGAUGGCCACUUCUUUGAAAGAGAAUUGGGAUCAGCAUGUGACCUUUGUCUGGAAGGGAGAAUCCUGGUGCAGUAUGCUUUCAACGCCUCUUCCCCGAUGCCCUGCGGCCCAUCGGGGCACUGGAGCCCUCGGGAAGCAGAAGGUCAUCCAGAUGUUGAACAGCCCUGUAAGUCCAGUGUCCGCACUUGGAGCCCAAAUUCAGCUGUCAAUCCACACACAGUCCCUCCAGCCUGCCCUGAGCCACAAGGCUGCUACCUUGAGCUGGAAUUUCUCUACCCCUUGAUCCCUGAGUCUCUGACUGUCUGGGUGACCUUUGUCUCCACUGACUGGGACUCUAGUGGAGCUGUCAAUGACAUCAAGCUAUUGACUAUCAGUGGGAAGAACAUCUCCCUGGGUCCUCAGAAUGUCUUCUGUGAUGUCCCACUGACCAUCAGACUCCGGGAUGUAGGUGAGGAGGUGUAUGGCAUCCAGAUCUACACACUGGACGAGCACCUAGAGAUUGAUGCGGCCAUGUUGACCUCCAUUGCAGACAGCCCGCUCUGCCUAGAAUGUAAGCCACUGCAGUACAAGGUGGUUCGCAACCCUCCUCUCCAAGUGGAUGUGGCCUCUACCCUACACCUCAAUAGGAGAUUCGUGGACAUGAAUCUAAAUCUUGGCAGUGUGUACCAGUAUCAGAUCAUAACUAUAUCAGGAACUGAAGAGAGUGAGCCAUCCCCUGCUGCCAUAUACAUCCACGGGAGCGGGUACUGUGGUGAUGGAGUUAUCCAGAAAGGCCAAGGUGAAGAAUGCGAUGACAUGAAUAAAAUCAAUGGUGAUGGCUGCUCCCUUUUCUGCCAACAAGAAAUUUCCUUCAAUUGCAUUGAGGAACCCAGCCGGUGCUAUUUCCAUGAUGGUGAUGGAGUAUGUGAGGAGUUUGAACGAAAAACCAGCAUUAAAGACUGUGGUGUCUACACGCCACAGGGGUUCCUGGACCAGUGGGCAUCCAAUGUGUCAGUAUCCCAUCAAGACCAGCAAUGCCCAGGCUGGGUUGUCAUUGGACAGCCAGCAGCAUCACAGGUGUGUCGAACCAAGGUGAUAGAUCUCAGUGAAGGCCUUUCCCAGCAUGCCUGGUAUCCUUGCACCAUCAGUUACCCCUACUCCCAGCUGGCUCAGACCACUUUCUGGCUCCGGGUAAGCCCAUGCCUCCAGGGUUUUGGAACCUCCAGCAGUGACCCACAAAACACACUGAGUCCCCUGACCCCAGGCGUCCAUGUCUUGAGCUGCAGAAACAAUCCCCUGAUUAUCCCUGUGGUCCAUGACCUCAGCCAGCCCUUCUACCACAGCCGGGCGGUACGUGUAAGCUUCAGUUCGCCCCUGGUUGCCAUCUCGGGGGUGGCCCUCCGCUCCUUCGACAACUUUGACCCUGUCACCCUGAGCAGCUGCCAGAGAGGGGAGACCUACAGCCCCACCGAGCAGAGCUGUGUGCACUUCACGUGUGAAGCGGCUGACUGCCCCGAGCUGGCUGUGGAGAAUGCAUCUCUCAAUUGCUCCAGCAGUGACCGCUACCAUGGUGCCCAGUGCACUGUGAACUGCCAAACUGGCUACGUGCUCCAGAUACAGCGGGACGAUGAGCUGAUCAAGACCCAGACGGGACCCAGUGUCACAGUGACCUGCACUGAGGGCAAGUGGAACAAGCAGGUGGUGUGUGAGCCAGUGGACUGUGGCGUCCCGGACCACCACCACGUCUACGCUGCAUCCUUCUCCUGCCCCAAGGGCACUACGUUUGGCCGCACAUGUUCCUUCCAGUGCCGUCACCCUGCACAGCUAAAAGGCAACAACAGCCAGCUCACCUGCAUGGAAGAUGGACUGUGGUCCUUCCCGGAGGCCCUCUGUGAGCUCAUGUGCCUCGCUCCACCUCCUGUGCCCAACGCCGACCUGCAGACUGCCCGGUGCCGAGAGAACAAGCACAAGGUGGGCUCCUUCUGCAAGUACAAGUGCAAACCUGGGUACCACGUGCCUGGAUCCUCCCGGAAGUCAAAGAAACGGGCCUUCAAGACUCAGUGUACCCAAGACGGCAGCUGGCAGGAGGGGGCGUGUAUUCCUGUGACCUGUGACCCACCUCCACCCAAAUUCCACGGGCUCUACCAGUGCACGAAUGGCUUCCAGUUCAACAGCGAGUGCAGGAUCAAGUGUGAAGACAGUGACGCCUCCCAGGGACGUGGGAGCAAUGUCAUACACUGCCGGAAAGAUGGCACCUGGAGUGGCUCCUUCCACGUCUGCCAGGAGAUGCAAGGCCAGUGCUCAGCGCCCAACCAGCUCAACAGUAACCUCAAACUGCAGUGUCCUGAUGGCUACGCCAUAGGGUCAGAGUGUGCCACCUCAUGCCUGGACCACAACAGUGAGCCCAUCAUCCUCCCAGUGAACGUGACUGUGCGUGACAUCCCCCACUGGCUGAACCCCGCACGGGUUGAGAGAGUCGUCUGCACUGCUGGGCUCAAGUGGUAUCCUCACCCUGCUCUGAUUCACUGUGUCAAAGGCUGCGAGCCCUUCAUGGGAGACAAUUACUGUGAUGCCAUCAACAACCGAGCGUUCUGCAACUACGAUGGUGGGGAUUGCUGCACCUCCACAGUGAAGACCAAAAAGGUCACUCCCUUCCCAAUGUCUUGUGACCUACAAGGUGACUGUGCUUGUCGGGACCCUCAGGCCCAAGAACAUAGCCGGAAAGACCUCCGGGGAUACAGCCAUGGCUAA